AUGUACUUUUUGUUGAUAUUUGCGGUUGUAAAUACAGCCCUUUGUUUUCCUUUACAAAUUCGCGCUACUUCGUUCAACGCGGAAGACGCGUACAAGUCAGUGCUAAAUUCAACAUGGAGUUUGUUCUGGGACGAGGAUCACCUGGCCUUCAACUUUAAUGACCCAACUUGCUCCUCUAACUAUACUGCACCUGCAGUUUGGGAUAUUGCCGUUGUGGCAAAGGCAUUUAUUGAUUCCGGGGACAUUGCUAAAUCGGAAAAGAUAUUGGCGGAAUUGUACAGUUAUCAAAGCUCGAGUGGUUGGUUUACUGCCACUCAGAAUCAGCCGGAAUCUUACACAGACGACAAUGCGCAGAUUGUAUGGGCCUUGUUGGCUGCCUACGACUUGACCAAGGAUGAUGAACAUUUGAAGAAUGCUGAGCGUUUGGUGAAGUUGAUACAGGGACAAUGGUCCAAAAUUGGGGGUAUUAUAUGGCAGACUGGCAGCACCUAUGUAGCGUCGAUUUCAACCACCGAGGCUGCGUUGUCAGCUGUGCGCUUGUACAAGUACAAUCACGAUGCAUCAUUGCUUGACUUUGCAGAGCAAUGCCUCAAUUGGAUGGAAGCGAAUCUCAAAGAUCCUCUGGAUGGGUAUUACUACGAUGGUAUAAAUAGCGACACUGGUGAUGUUGACCGAGGAAAAUUGUCGUAUACCGUGGGUACAGCCAUUUCAUCAUACGCAUACUUGUAUUCGUUUACAAAGAAUGAAACGUUUUUGAAUCUUGCCGAUCAAAAAGCUACAGCAGUUUUUGCAACAAACACGUCGAAUGCGCUCAUGAAUGCUGGCGGUGGCUGGAACAAUGGACUCAAGUAUCUCCACUUGUUGUUUGUUGGAAUUGCUGACUUGAUUGUCAUUGGCGGCAAGUCACAGUACACUGAUCAACUCAAUAACCAGGGCAACAUGGUGUAUGAAUAUGAUCGAUUGAGUCCUGGUGUUUAUGUUGAUUUUGAAACAGUUGAAUCGCUAGCCGAUCAUUAUACCCAACUCACUGGUUUACCAAGUGGGUAUACUUAUAGCGCCAACAAUUAUUGCAACAAUACAGUGUCAGACCCUAAGAGGUCUGUUUUGGACCAAGGAUCGGCAGCGCAAGUAUUUUAUCAAUUAAAUCGCGUCAGCUCGUAG